UCCAAACCAAUUAACCAGGCGUCGUACAGCUUCCCCAUCGCUGACGCCACCUGCACCAUACCUCGCGUGACAUCUUCCGACCCUCGGACUUGAAGGAUGCAGCAACCUGCAGCCGGCAAAACCCCGACCCCUGCUCCAGGGCCAUGCGCAUAUCAAGUUUUCGGCGCUUAAGUCGGUAGUGAUAAGCCAUGGGGGGAGAUAAGUGUGGCCAGGGGUAUUAAAGCUGGGGCCAUCCCGUUUACCUUAUUUUGUAACCCCACGAAUCAGUCAUCGAUCGGGUCCGGUUCGAUACCAUGGCUUCUCAGACACUGAUGCAGACGAUUAUUCCCAAGUUGUCCUUGGAAGGGAGUGAUGAUAGUGAGAACACGCCUGAAUGGAUGAAGAAUCUCCGUACAAAAGGCUGGACCGUCGUUCCCGAUGUCCUCACCCAAGAACAGGCCGCCCACUAUGCCGAUAAUUGUUACGAGUGGCUGGAAGGUUGGGGUCUCGGAUAUAACCGCCACGACCCCUCUACGCGGAAAUCGGCAGACCUCCCUUGGCAUAGUCGUGGUGGAUUGUACAAUCGAUACGGCAUCGCUCACGAGCAGUUCGUAUGGGAUUUGAAAUCGGAAUCGGCUCUCGUGGAGAAAUUCGCCCAGAUUUGGGGAACGGAUGAGUUGGUUGUUUCUUAUGACGGCCUCAACCUCUCCAUCCCCGAAGCCUCCCGAGCACCCACGGACCCCAUCUUCAAGCCUUGGCCUCAUGUCGAUCAAUCCCCUUACCGAACACAUCUCCAGUGCGUUCAGGGCAUCUUGAACCUCCUCCCCAAUGGACCUCAGGAUGGCGGUUUAACCGUCCUCGAGGGCUCGAAUGCCCUGUACACACAACUAUGGCAGCACUUUGACCACAAGAAAGGCGAGAAGGGGUGGAAUACCUUAGAGUAUGAAAUGCUGGACGACGACAUGACCCAGUGGCUUGAACAACAGGGGUGUAAAUGGGUUAAGGUGUGCUGUAAUCCGGGUGAUCUGUUGCUUUGGGAUUCGAGAACGGUUCACUACGGCUCCAUCCCAUCUUCUAUCAAUGACCGCUUCGCUGCUUAUGUCUGCUAUAAACCAGCCAACUUCGUCCCCGAAAAAGCGCGAAACGAGCGCAUCGCAGCCUUCAAGACGAAGAAUGGCACGGCUCAUGACCCGGCUAUUGUCCGGCUUACGCAGCGUCUCCCGCCUGAGGACCACCCGUGUUACGCGGAGGCAGUGAAACGGCCACUGCAGGAGGUUUUGUUGUCGAAGAGAGGGAGACAGUUGGCUGGGUUGGAAGACUAUUAAGACGAUAUCACCGACCUGAAACUUUCGUCUGUCGCUCAAACAGACCGGUACAUUAUUACACUAUCAUUACUACUAGUACAGACCUACC